AUGGUCGUCUCGGGGCCAUACUGGAGUCUCUAUCCCCUACUUGCUAUUAUAGCAAUUUGCUCCUUUCUGGUUGGAAUGCUUCACCUCUUCCUUUGCUUACCAUUCUAUUUCUUCAUGCUACCCUUACUCGCCGGGACUAUCGGCUGCGUGGCUGCCUUUCAUGCUGUCUUUCUACGAUAUCCAAAUAGGUGCGAUUUUCUUCUGGAAUUAUCAUGUGCCCUGGUGUCUUUCGCCUUUUUCUCCACCUCCAUCGUCGAAACGUAUUGUCUCAGUGAUUUGACAAAAUAUGAAGAAGCCUCCCACGGAGUUUGUCAUGGUCUCAAAUAUCGUACUGUCCAUUUGGUGGGCAGCUGCGGGGAAUUUUUAAGCGGUGUCCAGGCGUAUCUUUUGGAAUAUGUAGGCUGGAACGACGACCGAGAAAGACUUCGUUUUGGAAUCUCAAUCGCAUUGUCUCUACUAUCCGCUGUCCAACUUUUUUGCUGUACAGCCCUGAUGGUCUACAGCGCGAAGGAGACCAAACUACGAUUAUACUCUUAUCAUUACCAAUGCGUCGUCGGUAUUGUCACGUUUUUCAUAGGUAUUGUUCACUGGCAUUUCUGCUGUACAUUUUUCUUUCUCGCCCUGCCACUUCUUAUCGGGUUAUAUGGGGUUGCCCAAGGAGCCACAACUUGGAAACACAAAUGUCAUGGUCCGAUUUCAAGGACCGUGAAUUUGGUCGGAUCAGCGUUGUCGGUGUUUCUAUUUGCCAUAUGCUUUUUUGGAAUCUAUUGCUGGACCACGAAACUCUCCUCAACCACACCGCCACUUGCAUAUCAUUGCCACUGGUGGCCCGAACGAGAGCGAUAUUGCUACCGAUGGCUCCACUAUUCCAUCCCCUACAUCGAGUGGCAACCCCAUGAAACUGAACGUGAAAUUUUUGUCAUACAGAUCCUAUGCUAUGCAUCGCUGGUGCUCCUCUCGGCCCUCCACUUCGGCUUUUCCCUCAAAAGCGCCUUUUCAAUGCGAAGUAGAUAUCUCUACUAU